AUCCAGAUCCUCCAACUUCAGCCGGCCAUGUGACCCGUGCCGUUUCUUUGAGCCAUGGCAGAUACGGACUUUGGCUUUGUACCAUCAGGAGAGGGUGUAGGCCCUGGCUUUGGUGACAUGUCCUUCAGUACAGAACCUGAGAACUCAAGCUUCGAAGUUUCUGGUGAUGGCUUCGGUUUCGGCACGGCAAAUUCUGAUGCCUGGUUCGUCCAAGGGCCUGGGGAAGAUCCAGGCUUUGAAAUGGAUCGUGAAAAGAAAAAGAAAAAAAAGAAGAGCAAGCAGCCCAAAGAAAACGACGAGAGCCAAGGAAGUCCUGAUGGAAUGCAAUCUGAGGGCAGCCAAAACAAUGGUGCCUUGGAGCCUGGGGAGUUGAGUGGAUAUGAUUUUCCACCGGUCAGCAGUGCUCGAAAGGUGAGCUUCAGCCAAGAUCCACCUGAGUCCAGAACGUUCGGGAACUUUGACUUUGCCGACAAAGUGGCAAGUGCUGCAGCAUCGCCUUGGGAGAACUUUUCUCGGGACGAGGUCUUUGAAGCAAGUCAGGCCGCAGAUGCCAAAACCCAAAGGUUUUCAGAGCGCUGCUCUCAAUGUCGACGAGCAUUUGAGCUCACAGACUCCAUCUACUGCCGGCAUUGUGGCUGCAAAAGGGCUGGCCGGGCCAUGCCACGCAGUGCCAGGAGCCUCCUGGGAUUGGAGACCGGUGGCUUUGACGGAGCCAGUGCUGGUUUCGGUGAGCACUUUGAUGAGCCAAAGCCAAUUGAAAGACAAUUUUCUUUCUCGCUUUCUGACCUGCCAGAUUCACAAAUUCGUGUUGCAGGUCCGGCUUCUCACUAUGGCAUUGACGGUGGACGCGAAAGCUUGGACAUGCAAAAAUGGAAUCCUUUAGAUGGGAUCAGGAGGCAUUGGGGCCCAACUGACGUGGAGUUUCAGCAAUUGGUUGGGAGUUCUGCAACUGCUGCCAUAGCUGCACAUGGUCAUCCAGCAUCGCUGCAGAUGCUCGGAAGCCUCAAUGAAGCGCAGAAAGCAGAGGUUAGAGCAAUGGAAAUGAGGAAGAAGAUAUCUCAGCUCGAGGCAUCACUCGGAGGGCACAGCACUGCGGGACACGUGGCCAUCACAGCUCCUAACUGCCAUGAUGGGUUGGGUAUAAUAUUGAAUGACCUCACAGUCAGUCAUGUCACGGACCCGCUGGCAAAACAAGCCGGCUGGGCAGUUGGUGAUAGCAUUCUCAAGGUGAACGGCACAACAGUUCUUCAUUCCAACCAACUCUCUACUGAAUUGGCCAAAGCAAUGAGUGCUAGCAGAGCCGUUGGAAGGCCAAUACUCAUCGAUGUUUGGCGGCAUCCCAACAACUUGCCAUCGCCGGGGAACUCCUUGUUGAACCCGCCAGUCGCUCCAUCUAGAAGCUACCUGAACCACCAAGGCAAGAUGCCAGAGGCAUACCAUGGCAAGGUGCCAGGGGCAUACCAUGGCCGGAAUGGCGUUGGCAGCUUCCCCCAACCUCCCCAAGCCCCUGCGCCAACGGAACCCGUAACGAGCCAACACCAAGGCUGGACGGGGCCGAAAAUGGUUUCACCGGCUCCCCAAAGUUGGACCGGUCCACACCAGGUGUCAACUGAUGCGCCACCCAAUUCCUGUGUUAUUGCUUGAGAUGCAACCAUCCAAAACUCGGCUCCAUGUCUCACGAAGGUACAUGAAGAGUCAAGGGUGUUUUGCUGAAAGGCAUCAAAUCAUCAUGAAUGAAAAGAAGUCAUACAAUCGUCAACUUUCACGUUUCUCGCAGACAAA